CGAUGACAAAACUUUUAUCGACAACACUCUUUCUCCCCCAGUGAGGGAGGCCAGCCACCAAACCAAACGGAGCUGAGAUUGUCUACAACGCAAAAGGGUUUCUUUGUUGUUCCAACUGUUCAUCGUUUCUUCUGCUUCUCCGUCACAACAAGAAUCUCGCGUUCAAAUUUACAAGAAUUUGAUCUCGUCUCCAAUUUCAAUUUUCAGAUUUCACAUUAAAAAGGCCUUCGUAUUUUUGGUAGACAUUUUUAGGUUUUUCUCAGCGCCGAGUUUUCAAUAGUUCAAAAUUAUUGAAAAUGCCGGCUCAUAAGUCGAAAUCGGAGAAGAACGAUUCAGAAAAACAGUCGCUGAGAGACCCCUACGAUGUUCUCGGUGUGUCUCGCAACUCCACAGAUCAAGAAAUCAAAAGUGCUUAUCGUAAAUUGGCUUUAAAGUAUCAUCCUGACAAGAAUGCAAAUGACCCUAAAACAACUGAUAUGUUCAAUGAGAUAACCUUUUCCUACAACAUAUUAUCUGAUCCUGAUAAACGUCAUCAAUAUGACACUGCUGGUUUUGAGGCUGUUGAUAGCAAAAACCAAGAUUUGGAGCUAGAUCUUUCAAGUCUAGGUGCUGUGAAUACCAUGUUUGCUGCAAUUUUCAGCAAACUUGGAGUGCCCAUAAAAACUACUGUAUCUGCUACUUUGUUAGAGGAGGCACUACAUGGUACAGUUACUAUUGAGCCAAUUGAGUUAGGGCAACCAAUUGUUAGAAAGGUUGAGAAGCAAUGUGCUCAUUUCUAUUCUGUUACAAUAACAGAGAAACAAGCACAAGCUGGAUUGGUUUGCAGAGUUCAAUCAGCAGACAAGAGCAAGUUCAAGCUUUUGUAUUUUGAUCAAGAAGAAAAUGGGGGAUUGAAUCUUGCACUACAGGAAGAUAGUGCAAAAACAGGGAAAGUGACAUCAGCUGGAAUGUAUUUUCUUGGUUUCCCAGUCUACCGAUUAGAUCCACCAUCUAAUUCAAUGGGAUCUGUAAAGGAUCCGGAUGCUGUUUUCUUCAAAAAACUCGAUGGAUUUCAGCCAUGUGAAAUACACGAAAUAAAAGCCGGAAUGCAUACAUUUGCUGUUUAUGGUGAUAAUUUCUUCAAAAGUGUGAGCUACACAAUAGAAGUUCUUUGCACAGAGGCUUUUGUGGAAGAAAAGGAGAGCUUGAGAACAGUUGAAGCUCAGAUCUUGUCGAAAAGAUUGGAGCUUUCAAAGUUUGAAUCCGAGUAUAAACAGGUUCUUGCACAAUUCACAGAGAUGACUGGUAGAUAUGCCCAAGAAAUGCAAGCGAUUGAUGAGCUUCUUAUGCAACGAAAUGAGAUACAUGCAUCGUACACAAUGGCUUCACCAAUGAAGCACAGUAGCAGCAGUGGUCGUCGUAGAACCUUGUGGGAGUUGAACCAAAGAUGUGAAAAAGGAAGAUGGGACCCACAGAACUGAAGGGGGAAUCAGGAAUCUCGCUGGUAAGUCGGAAAAAGCUUAUAUUUGACUACAUAUAUGAUGAUAUGGGGGAAAACAAUCAAUGUGUUGUAAAUUUUUUCACCAUUUGAAAAUUUUACAAGUGAUUUAUGCACAAGAAUUUCCAGCACCAAUGCUUUUGAACGUGUAAUAUUGUUAUGGUUUUAUGUAGAUCAUGGAAAACUCAUCUUAUCUGUAAAUUUGC